GCUUUGCUGGAAGUCCCUGCAGAACAUCGGCCAGCUUUGCUGGAAAUCCCUACAGAACAUACAGAACAUCGACCACCUUCGUUAAAAAUGCCUACAGAACUCCGAACAGAUUUUCUGCAAGUACCAACGGAACAUCGACUACCUUUGCUYAAAGUAACUACAGAAKAACUUCCAAAYGACGCACCAUCAACGGUCCAGGAAUCAACAUCAGGUAGGAGUUCCUCUAUCGGUAUUGUGAGCUCAUGCGGGGAAACAAUUAUUGGAGAAGACUGGCUUGAAGAAAUUGAUCUUGCAUUGAAAGAACUAAUUAUCGAGGAAAAGAACGGUACUAAAAAAGAAAAGAUUGCAGAAGAGYAUUUAGAAAUAAAACCAGAAAAGAUUAGCCUCACUGAUGAAGAAGAGAGGCAAAUCUACAAAAUAGUCAAAGGACAACUAACACAUGAAUACAAGAAAAUGUUUUUAGAAGCACAUGAGAGAAACAAAACAGUAAAGAAGAAAUUCCGCGUUUUUCUCGAGAARGCGAGAGACGCACUCCUAAAAGCUAAAGURAAAGCUGAGCAACAGAAAACUAAAGAUGAAAUGAGAGCKAUUGAAGAGAAACAAGCCGAAAUUCUUAAAAGACGAAGUAGAUUGAAGAGUAGAAAACUUGCUCGAGGAACAUCUGAGAAUGUAUCMUUAUGCUCUAAAGACCACGAGAAGGAGAGGGCGAAUGAGAUGGGGCACUUGAGAAAGAUACAAUCUGAACUAGAUCGAGUGCGCGCACGUUCACAGCGGCAAAGAAAAUCUGCCAUGCGUAUGAAACAAAAAGAUCAACAAAGAAAAGACGCCCUGCUUCAUCUACAGCUGAGAAGACUCGAACGCGACCGRGAAUUUCAUAGUUUAAUACUAGAGAUAUACGACCAUGGCCUUCACGAGGAAGCACGGACACUAACUAAUGCUCUCUCUGUUAAAGAACAAGAAGAGCAAUCCAUUCAAGAUUACAUGAGAACAAGAAAAGAAAGAGCAAAGCAAAGAGCMCUUGAACGUCUGCGCAAAGAAAGACUGGAGGAAAAAGCAAGGAAYGAAAGAGAAAGGAUAGAGCAAGAGCGACUAAGAAAGAUAAGACUUGAGGAAGAAAAGAGGAAACAGUUAAUGGCGCUUUUAAGAAGAAGAGCACAUAAUCUUGAGCUUCAAUCAUGGGUUAUGGCGUCCAAGAUGAACACACGAUUGUCAAAGGCGUUUACAUUUUCGUAUUUUUAACUAGAGUGGAACCCCACCUUACGG